AGUUUUAAGUUUGUUCUCUCCAGUUCGUAAUUUAUAACCGUUGUCACAAACUGCUGUUUAUUUUCGAAAAUCCUUUCCUGUAUUGUAUAAUGUGUCGCUAACACGUUUAUUAUUUUGUAGAAAAACGCAUUUUAAUCUCGCAAAGGCUCACUGGCUAGACUGGGUAAACAAACACACCGAGUUCGUCGCGUCAUGAUGACGUUGAUAUUAACGCGACGCUCUGCAGACCAGUGCUUCAAACGUGUGAUGGGUCUGUUUCAGGUUUAUGGCAAGGAAAAGGGUUUUAAAUCGUGCUGUGAUGGUUGCAUAGACAUGUUGGACUGAAGAUUUAAUCUGUUCACUCAUGGAGGAUGGCUGAUCAUCAGAUCGAUGACCCAAAGAUUGCGUUUGCUUAUCUGCGUCCAUCAUGCGUCCUACUGACCAAAGAGCCUACCCUAUCCAAUGUAGAGGCUCUGAACUGCCACCUGCGUGGUGUUAGUGAUGGAGUCCUCCAACUGCUUCAAGAUUAUGUCCUCUUCCCUCUUCGCUUUGUCCUCAAGACCCCUGGGGCCAAACGAGAGGGUGUUGUGCAAGCUGCUAUGGAUGCCAUGACCUAUGUUCUGGAAAAGACCUGUAUCCAGAACUGGGAAUCUCUACGUGACCUCUUUUCUGAGCUUUGCCUUUGCCUCUGUUCCCCAAAUGACCCUGGAAAGCCAGCUCCAUCAUCAGAGGAGCUGAAGUUAGCUGUGCUACGAUGUCUGGAUGCUCUCAUGCAUUCUGCCUAUGGAGAUGUGGCUUUCAGGAUGUAUGAACCUGCAAUGCUUCCCGGACUGGGAGCUGCUGUAUCACUGUUCUUGGCUCUGGCAGAAAAAGAGAAGGUAAGAGGAGUGCAGGCAGCAGCACUGAAGUGUCUCCUGUCUCUGUUCCUGCAGUGCGACUGUGAUCGAACACACGUAGAAGCAGAUGAAGUGGAAAAAAACUUGCUUGGAAAUACACUGGCUUCAUUCCUACCAGGAAUCACUCGAGCUUUGAGUCAUGUCAUUAGUGGAGACAUGAGACAGGGGCACGCGGUUACAGUGAAAGCCAUGAGGGUUUGGUACACCACAGUGGGCCUGGUUAUGGCCGACAAACAGCUUCAGAACGACAGCACUAUGAGUGCAGAGUCUCCCAAGUUGGGUAGGAUUGGAGAGCUGGUGGUGAAAAGGACUCCUUCUUGGAGCAAGUCCACAUCUAAAAGACUUGCAUUGGCACUUCAGAAAGUAAUCUCUUAUACCACAGCGCACCAGCAUUGGAGGGUAAGACUAGAAUUGGUCAAUCUGUCAGAUCAUCUUCUUACCCAGUGCAGCAAAUCUUUAUCUGAAUGCAUUGGUCCUCUUCUAGAGGCUUUGGUUGGUGCAGUCAAUGAUGAGGAACCUCGAGUUAAAGAGCGGUGUACAGCAGUACUGGCUGAGGUGUCUAAAAGAAACCAAGCUACAGGAGGUCAAGCUUUAACUGAUGUCCUGUCUGAAAACCUGCAUAGCUUGACGUCUUCUCUACCUCGGCUCAUGAGAACAACAGAUGACAAGCGCAAGCUAUUUAUUCUCACUGUCUUUCUGGGGUACCUGAAGAUUCUCGGUCCUCAAGUGGAUUUGGUCUUGAUGUCAGCAGUUCACCUUCAGCGUAUCUCCAAAGCAUUAAUGCAGGUGCUCGAGUUGGAUGUUACAGACAUCAGGAUCAUAGAGGAAAGAAGUUUUGCACCAUUAUCUGACUUGGCACCUGUUGCUCGUGAAGUGCAGCACCAGAGGAAAUACUUUCUUUAUUUUACAGAUGACAAGAUCUUCUCAACAUUGAAGCAGGUAUGCCGGAUGCUGGGUCGCUACGGAAAUCUUUAUUUACUUGUGGACCACUUCUUGGAGCUCUACAAAGAGUCAUUGGUUUAUCGCAAACAAGCUGCUCUGGUGCUCAAUGAGGUUAUCAGUGGGGCAGCAGGAGUUGGGUUGGAAACAGAUAUUUUGAGAACAGUUGACCAUUCUGAGAUUUCCAGAAUAAGUCAAGAGGACCUGAAAUGUGCAAUUACUUCCAUCAUUGAGGAAUACAUCAGUUUGAAUAACUGGCAUGUCACCACUGUAAUGGAAGCCUCUGAUGAUGAACAACAGGAGAAACAACAUUCUGCAGUCCCCGCUAUUUUAAGCAGAUCUGACAGAAAAGGACACCAAUUCACCUCAACCUUCAAUUCCAAAACUCCAACGCUCCACCAGCUGAACAGCAACAUUUGGCAGAUCUGUAUCCAACUGGAAGGCAUCGGCUCCUUCGCUUUAGCUCUGGGCAUCGAUUUCCGCCUGCUUCUGAUGACAUCACUCUACCCAGUGCUGGAGAAAGCAGGAGAUACUUCACUACUGGUCAGCCAGUCAGCUCUUGGCACCAUGCACAACCUUUGCGUGGCUUGCGAUUACAGUUCGCCCAAGGAGCUGAUGAUCAUCAACGCAGACUACCUGCUGAACGAUAUCUCCCUGAACCUGAGCAGACCCAGCAUUCACCCUCAUGCCCCACAAGUCCUCGCCGUCAUGUUCGCCCAUUCUGAUGCUGCUCUUCUGCCCCUAGUGGCCGAUGUGGUGCAGGACGCACUCACGGCUCUGGAUCUCAGCUAUGACAAGAGAUCCUGGCAGUUCUGUCUAGUCCUGCAUUCACUAAUGAAGGCAGUGGUAAGGUGGUUUAGCACCAGUACUCCAGAACACAGGCAGACUUCCAUAGCUAGCACACACACUCCGACUCCAGAGAUACUGAAGCUUCGCCAGUUUCUGUUGGAUUACAGAAAGCAGAAGGAGCUGGCAGAGGGGAUCGGCGCUGAGGAGGAGGAGUCAAUUGAUGCAGAAAAGCCUCCUGCAGCAGCGGCUCCUGACGUAAAAGAGGAAGAAGAAGAGGAGGAGGAGGAGGAGGAAGGCCCUGAUGUGAAACCAGAACUGCCCUUACACGUAUCCCUCACGAAGGAUGUGAUGGAGCGCUGCAUUCACCUGCUGUCUCAUCCCAACAUGGGUGUACGACUAAAGAUGUUGGACACUGUAGAGCUGUGUGUCUCUGUGCUGUGUGAGAUGGAGAAUGAGCUCUUACCCAUGGUGCACCGCUGCUGGCCAGCUCUUCUCCAGCGCCUCACGAAUGAUGAUCCACUGGCAAUACCUCGAGCUUUCAGGGUGUUGUGUGUGUUGGGUGAGACGUGUGGUGACUUUCUGAGGAAGCGAGUGUCUAAAGAAGUCCUGCCUCGGCUCACAUCUUCACUUUCACGGCAGGCUGAGACAAGCGCUCGGUCCGGUCCGAUGUACACACACACACUCGCGUACAAGCUGCAGCUGGCUGUGCUACAGGGACUCGGACCUCUGUGUGUGCGUCUCAACCUUGUGGACUCGGAUUUGGACCAUAUCUCAGAGGCCUGUCUCCCCUACCUGAGUUGCAGACAGCCAAUCAGAUUACAGGAAGCUUGCCUCAGUGUUUUCCGACAUGUGAUGCAGCUGGACCCGGACGCAUGCUGGUUCACGCUGAGUGAGCUGUGCUGUCCCGUAGCGUACGAGCCGCCUCACGCCCUCCUGUUCCCCGUGAAGCUGAGCGGGAUGGGCCGAGCGAGGAACGAAUACACACACAACGUCUUCACACUGCUGCAUGAACUUGAGCCAGCCCAGGAAGAACAAAAUCAUCAAGACAGCACUGGUUAAAAAUGACUGAUAGUGAAGAAGAUCCUUUAUUCAGGAUGUUAAAUUCAGGCUGGGUGAUAUGGCAUAAAUAUCGUAUCACGAUACCUGAAGACGUUUUCACAAUGUGAUGUACGGUCAUGAUAUUUAGUUCUGCAAAACAUUAGUGCUGCAUUCCAAAAAAACCCAAUUUUAUUUAACAGUUAUUCCAUGAAACUGAGUCGACUAUAAGCCAUGUACGACGAGAUUGAGUGGAAUAACUGUUUUAUUCUGUCCACAUUCACUGGAUUUUGAGAAACAGAGCAUUUUUAUGUUUGUUUUUUUGCAAAUUCGAUAAAUAAAACUUUAUACAGAACAUCCGACAAAAUAAUUUCCACUUUGAAUGUAAACAAAAUAUAUGUUCUUACCAUCAAAUACUUUUAUUCCAUAUUUUGUUGCUUUUUGUAUUUUUGGGAGUUUUGUUUUCAAGUAGAGUUUUUAUUUCUUCCUCGGUUGGUUCAGUAACACACACCGCCAUUUUGUUUUUCCUCUACUCACAGUAUAUGAGCUGAUAGCCUAGUCGUAGAGUAGCCAAUCAGAGCACACGAUUGCUCAUAUCCAGUGAACGUAGAUAGAAUAAUUGGUGAUAUUUUUAUUUAAUGUUUUAAGAAAACCAUUAUUUAACAUGUUAAAUUAUUUUCCUGUGACAAGUGCCUAAGGGUUUUAUUCUGUUUAGAUGACAGUAAUUUGCCAAAAAAAAAAAAACUUAAGUUUUAUUCAUUAAAGGACAUCAUGAUGUUCUUUUGAUCUGUGUAAAGUUAUCGAAAACAACUCUGUCUUGAAGACUUUACUGUUGUGGAGAACUGACACCGGAGACUCCUUCCUUAAAUUUUAAAUAAACAUCACUUGAUAGAAAACAUCACUAUAUCAACAAUCCCACACAGUUUGGGGUUUAUUAUUAUUAUUAUUAUUAUUCGUCGCUAUGAACGAGCUGUUACUAUGGAAACGAUUGCGUGUUAGAACAAAUGCAUUAAUAUUAAUCUGUAUAUGCUGCUGUUAUAGAAAAUGAACCAACACCUUCUGACCAAUUAGAAUCCAGAAUUCAACAGCACUGUGCUAGAAAAAGACUUUAACGUUGCGGUGGGGGAGUUGAGAUACGAUAUUUCUGAAAAAUGGCCUGAUUUGUAACAAUACUGAUAGUCUGCUGUCUCAUCACCCUGCCCUGUGCUAAUGUGGCUAAUAAGGAAUCUGCUUGAGAAGCUAACGACAGCGUAUUCUUGUGACUGAGUGAUGUUAACAUUUCCAGGUCCCUUUAAUGUUUUGCAUUUAGUUUCUCAAAAUGGCUCCGUAGUCUAUACAAGUGCUUCAGUGUGCAGCUGGGGAGCAUUUUGGAUUGAGCCAUUAGCCCUGGGUGAUGGAAGAGAAAGUAUAUGUAUAAAAUGCUAAUAUUUUGUCCAGGUGCAUGUACAUUUUAUACAACCCCGAUUCCAAAAAACUUGGGACAAAGUACAAAUUGUAAAUAAAAACGGAAUGCAAUAAUUUACA